AUGUCUGUCCCAACAGGUAUCCCAACCUAUACCUCAGCGCCCGUGAACUCCAACACAGAGGAAGAAGGCACGCACGCAACAACCUCGCAGCCCGAACCUGCCACCGCAACCCAGUCACCAGCGAGCGCACCCUCACAACCUCUAUCAGCACCCGCAACAACAACAGCAACAGCCACAGCUCCCUCCAACCCUACAAUCUACACAACUGUCGAGCCCAACUCAGCACCAGCACCACCCCAGCCAGGCGCCACAGCAGCGCAACCCACCCAAACAGCAGCAACAACAACAGCAACAGCAACAGCAACAACCUCCACCCCGGAGAUAGCGACAUCCACAACGCAGACCCCACCCGCACCCCAACCCGGCGCCUUCCCAUCACCGCCUACAACAUACACAGGAGCAGCAACUCAAUCCUCUACAAUCCCCCCACCACCGAAAGCCGGCGAAGCCAUCUCGCAGCCUCCACCAGCCCAACCAACCCAAACCUACACGCAAUCCUACUCCUACAACUCGCCCCUGGGUGCGCAGACUACGUUACCGAACUCGACCACCUCACCUUAUUCCUCUGUGUAUCCGACGCACGCGGGAUCACAUCGUCCGCAGACUCUGCCGCUGCACUACGGUGCCGGGGCCGGUGCUGGGUCUGGUGGUGGAGCGAACAGUAUCUUCCCCGAAGAGGAAGAGGAGGGGUUUAUGGGGGCGGCGAAGGGGUGGAUACGCUGGUCUGGGAAUAAGUUAGCGGAAGUUGAGAAGGGGGUUUGGAAGAAGAUUAAUGAUGUUCAUGAUUAG